GGGGCGGAAGAGCUUGUUUGUGUUUUGGUUCUAAGGGGGAAGUUGCGAGAAGAAAGAAAGGAGGAGACGUGAUCGGCGUUGCUGAAAUAAUUUGUCGGGCUCCACAACACCGCUCCGCCGCAGUGGCCCGUGUAUCUGGUGUGUAAACCCCGCUGCGGUGCUGUUUAAAGUUGAAAACGUCUUCUGGCUCGCAGCAGAAGUCCUGAUAGUGAAGUGUGACACACAGGACACCUGGGGAUCUGACUAGGUCAUGGCCAAUCGGGGAGGAGCUACGAGACCCAAUGGGCCCAAUGCAGGGACCAAGAUCUGCCAGUUUAAGCUAGUGCUGCUGGGCGAGUCGGCUGUGGGCAAGUCCAGCUUAGUGCUCCGCUUCGUUAAGGGCCAGUUUCACGAGUUCCAGGAGAGCACAAUAGGAGCGGCCUUUCUGACCCAGACAGUGUGUCUAGAUGACACAACGGUGAAGUUUGAGAUCUGGGACACUGCGGGUCAGGAGCGCUACCACAGUUUGGCACCCAUGUAUUACAGAGGAGCACAGGCUGCCAUCGUGGUCUACGACAUCACAAACGAGGAGUCCUUUGCACGGGCAAAGAACUGGGUGAAGGAGCUGCAGAGACAAGCUAGCCCCAAUAUAGUCAUCGCUCUGUCAGGCAACAAGGCUGACCUCGCCAACAAGAGAGCUGUUGACUUCCAGGAUGCCCAGUCCUAUGCAGAUGACAACAGUUUACUUUUCAUGGAAACAUCAGCCAAGACAUCAAUGAAUGUAAACGAGAUAUUCAUGGCUAUUGCGAAGAGAUUGCCGAAGAGUGAACCCCAGGCUGCAGGAGCCAGCAGCGGGCGGAACCGAGGAGUGGACCUGACAGAAGCCGCUCAGCCAACCAAGGCCCCGUGCUGCAGUAACUAACGUGAAGAGCGCCUUCCCCUAUCGAUCCUGUAUAGCAGUAACUAAUGCGACCGAUGCCCCAAAUGCCACUGCAGUUACUAAUGCAACGUGUCGUACUUUUUUUUCCCCAAAUUCUCUGAUGUGCAGAACAAGAAAAGAUGCCCCGUGCCCCUCUUUUGUUUUUUUUGUCUUUCAUUUUUUUUGCAGUAACUAAGUCAGUGUCACUCUGACCUUUCAACAUUGGCUCUGUAGUUUUCCCUCUCUUGGUUCUGCUCCCAACUUUCCUAUUUCUUCCAUCCAGCUCUUUUCAUCUAUUAUUAUUAUUGAUAAUAGAUAUUAUUGUCAUUAGUGCGCCCUGCCCUCCAUCAUCUUCCUGCCCAUGUGUUUAGGGACGGGGCUCUUCCAGGUGCUCUCCUCUCUUUUCUGGGAUUGCUUUCUGUUGCUGCUUUUUUUUUUUUUUCGUUCUAGCAUCGUAAGUCAGAAUUAUGGAUGCACGUUUAACUGCAAGGCCUAAAAUGAAAAAAGAAAACUGUGUUUUACCUUUACUCUUCAGUAGCACAGAAAAAAAAUCUGUUGGUGAAGAUGUUGUACAUGGUCUUGUACGUUUGAGAAAGAGAGGGAAGACAGGGAUGGAGAGUGAGAAAGAGGGGGAUCCUAAGCUCCACACCUCUCUCUUGUCACUGGGACCUUUUUAUCUGAAAAUUAAGACUUUUGUCAGUGGACUUAGGGCCUUCAGAUUCUCUCUCUUAUUCCCUGCUUCUGCCCACUGCUUUCUCACAAGAAAUGUAUCCAUAUGCUUUCCCUCACUAAACCCAAAGUAGCACUAGUUUAAACUUCCCCCUCUGUCCUCCCUCGACUACCCCAAGGCCCAACCCCGGGGCCAUGCCUGCUUCUAGCUGUCCCUAUUGGCAUCGUGCAAUGUCUCACAGUAUUUAUUCUGUGACUUCAGUGUCUGCAAGGACCAGUGCAGCACAACAAAAGCCCCUCUGCACCACCCAACUUUCUCCACAAGGUUCAGGAGCCCCCGAGGCAUGCUCAGCGGUGUCGCUGCCUCCCUGUCUCCUGAUGGGAUGUCAUGUCAUGAAUCUUUUCCAGACCAUCCCUUUGUGGUUGAAGUUGGGCCGCUCUGCCUAUAGGUCAUUGGGUCAGCUGAUUCUCACUUUCUGCCUCUGGAUGAUUUGGUUUAUGCAGACUGUACCUGUUCAAGUGUAUGGAAGUUGCUGGGCUGCUGCUGCGUGAUAACAGUGAGUGGGGAGUUGCAGUGUGUAAGAUCAGUUGCCGGCAUUAUUCACCUUUGAGUCAAUCAUUUGUCAUCCUUUGUUUGUUAGGAAGUGCUUUAGACACAGUCGCGUGUCAGUGUGUAGAGAGUGGGCCAGGGCUAGCCGUCUGGUGAUGAAUUACAUCCACAGGACUCACUCGUGCCCGUUUAUGUGUGUGUGUUUGAACACACAUUUGCACAUGCACACACACAUACAUUUGACUUCUUCCCCCGAACCUUUCCAGACCUAUACAUCAUUGUACAUAACAAGCACACACACAUACACACACACACACACACACAACUGGUUCCAACAAUCCCUCACACACGUCACGCACACACCUGUGUUCUUUCUAGUCCCACCCACCCACACAAAAAAACAUGUUACAUAUAGACACACACACACACACACAAAGUCUGGUCAAUAACUUUUUUGACAGGUCUGUCUUACUCAUGCCUUGCACUAAUGACGCUCAUGAAUAUAUCUUGUCAUAAUUACAGCCAGUGUGAUAUAAAUAUAUAUAUAAAUAUAUAAAUAAUAUACUGUAAAUAGGGUGUUGCAAUGUAGUCUACCUUUUUUCGAUUUACAAGUGACAGGACUAAUGCUUGCUAGGGAGUUGUCUAGAUAAUCCUAAAAAAAAUGUACAGUUAGCAGAAAAAACAGCUUCGAUCUGGGUUUGGAGAUUUGUUGCUGUUCCUUUUUUCACACAAAUGGUUAAAUUAUAAUCAGUGGUGGUCUUUAUAAAUGUAUGUAGUGUUAUUAACAAAAAAAUGAAAUUGCAUUUAUUUAGUGGUCUGUCUUGUACCUUUCUCAAAAGAAAAAAAUAAUAUCCAGAUAUUUGGUUUCUAUUUUUUAACAUAAUCUCUUUCUUGCAUUUCACUAAUUCUUUUUUGGUUUUUUGGUUUUUUUAGUGGUAUCAGGCUAGGAUGCCUUAUCAAUACUCCUCCCUGUAAGUAGAACUGAACUUCCAGAGACACUGGUUGAAAAAGCUCCAGAGGAGUGAGGCAGAAAACAAAACAGUUUGAUUAACCAACCUGCCCCUCCGUAACAUUUUAGUAACAUUGUGACAACAUUGUAGGAACAAUGAAACAACUGUAAACCGGCGCGCUGGUGCAUCAUGAAUAAAUGAAUUAACACAUUAUAGGGAUGUACAUUGUAUGUUUCUUUGCCGUGGACACUUAAUUGCAGCCGAAACAUUUAAAUGCAAGCAUUUUACAGUACUGUUAUGUAACGACCAAAUAAAUACUGAAAUAAAUUUGAUCAUUUAUUAUUGUA